AUGGGGAGUCUUAAAGAUUGGAUUUCUUCUCAGUUAGUAUCCAUGUCUUUGGUCUCAUCUCGGCCAUUGUCAGGCAGUGACAGUUUCUUUCGUGAGGAACCUUCCCAUGAAGGGUUUGAUGGCCAAGGUGCCGCUCACUCAAACACUUCGCUAACACCACCCAUUCUUCCUGAUACAUCACCCUCAGUUGGUAGUGAUCGGGAAAAUCAGUCCAAUCCCUCCCGCCAGCAUGUUAUAGUUGAAAAUUCUGAUCAAUCACGUAAUGGCUCUGGUAAGAAAAAGAUGGAUCCUUUGGUAAGAAUUGAUGAUCUUCAAGUUAAGUUCUUGCGCCUCAUCCUACGGCUUGGUCUGUCACAAAACAAUCUUCUGGUGGCUAAGGUUCUUUAUCGUAUUCACCUCGCAACUUUGAUACGAGCAGAGGAGUCAGAUCUGAAAAGAGUUAAUCUCAGAAGUGACAGAGCCAGAGCAGUGGCUGCAGAACAAGAGGCAUCUGGCCUGCCUGAAAUGGAUUUCUCUCUUCGAAUCCUUGUCCUGGGGAAAACAGGAGUUGGCAAGAGUGCCACAAUAAAUUCUAUAUUUGAUCAAAAGAAAACUGUCACCAAUGCAUUUCGACCUGGCACAGAUCACAUUCGGGAGGUUGUCGGAACUAUAAAUGGGAUUCGAGUAACUAUCAUUGAUACCCCUGGAUUUUUUCCGUCAUCUACGGGUAAUUUCCGCAGAAAUAAGAAGAUUAUGCUGUCCGUGAAGAGAUUCAUUAGAAAAUGUCCACCUGACAUUGUUUUGUUCUUCGAACGCCUCGACCUCAUCAAUGCAAGCUAUAAUGACUUCUCCCUUUUGAAGCUAAUAACUGAAGUAUUUGGGCCUGCAAUAUGGUUUAACACCAUUCUUGUCAUGACUCAUUCGUCCUCUGCUCUUCCGGAAGGACCUGAUGGGUAUCCUGUCAGCUAUGAAUCAUAUGUGAGGCAAAACACAGAUAUGGUGCAGCACUAUAUACACCAGGCAGUGUCUGACUCCAGACUUGAAAACCCAGUGCUUUUGGUUGAGAAUCAUCCUCAAUGUAAGAAAAACAUCAUUGGGGAAAAGAUACUUCCAAAUGGACAGGUUUGGAAAUCUCAGUUUCUGUUGCUAUGCCUUUGUACAAAAGUUCUAGGUGAUGUCAAUACUCUCAUGAAAUUUGAAGACAGCAUUCAACUAGGGGCCUCAAGUGCCACCCACGUGCCUUCUCUGCCCCAUCUCCUCUCAUCUCUUCUACGUCACCGGUCUGUCAUUAGUCCAAGUGGAGUGGACAUUGAAGUUGAUGAGAGCUUGCUUUCAGACACACAGGAGGAAGAUGAGUAUGAUCAAUUACCUCCAAUCCGAAUCCUGACUAAAUCCCAGUUUGAGAGAUUGACAAAAUCGCAGAAAAAAGACUAUCUUGAUGAAUUGGAUUAUCGAGAGACCCUUUAUCUAAAGAAACAGUUGAAAGAAGAGUACCGUAGGCAGAUGGAGAUUAAGCUUUCCAAAGAGAAAAAUUGUGCGAGCAAUGAUAAUUCUGAUGGGCAGCAGGCCUCCCAAGAAGCGGCUGUUUUAUUACCAGAUAUGGAGGUCCCUCCUAGUUUUGGAUCUGAUUGUACUGCACACAGAUAUCGUUGCCUUGUUAUGGGUGAUCAGUGGAUUAUGAGACCUGUUCUUGAUCCCCAUGGAUGGGAUAAUGAUGUGUGCUUUGAUGGAAUAAGCUUGGAAACAGCUAUGCAAAUAAAUAGCAACAUCUUUACCUCUGUCGCAGGGCAGAUGAGCAAGGACAAGCAGGAUUUUAGCAUUCAAUCCGAGUGUGCUGCAGCUUACUCGGAUCCCAGUGGGAUUACAUACACUGUAGGUCUUGAUGUUCAAUCUGCUGGUAAAGAUACAAUCUAUACAUUUCACAGCAACACAAAGCUGAGGAAGCUGUGGCGCAACACUGCUGACUGUGGAGUGUCAUUGACAUCUUUUGGGAACAAGUGUUACAUUGGUGCCAAGCUUGAAGACACCAUAUCAGUUGGGAAGAGAUUGAAAUUUGUAAUGAAUGCCGGCCAGAUGGUGGGUCCUGAACAAGUGGCAUACGGUGGUGGUGUUGAAGCUACGUUAAGGGGUAGAGACUACCCUGUGAACAAUGACAAUGUCAGCCUGACAAUGACUCUCCUGUCUUUUAACAAAGAGAUGGUGUUGGGUGGAAAUUUACAGUCUGAGUCCCGGCUGGGCAGAAAUUUGAGAGUGUCAGUUAAUGCUAAUCUAAAUAGCCGAAAGAUGGGUAAGAUUUGCAUUAAAACCAGUAGCACAGAUCAUUUGCAGUUUAGUAUGGCUGCGGCUUUCACAAUUUUCUGGGCCCUUUUACGAAAGAAGGAUGUUAAAAGUACAAGUCAUGAAUGA